UGGUCCUGAGCCCUGGUUUGACCUGACCAUGAUGUCUAGGACUGGCACUUUUUGUUUUUUCUCAGCAAACUGUCCAAACCCAAAUCUCUUUUUGAUUUUCAAGGAAACUAGACUCCUGUCAGAUUUUGAAUCUGGACAAUAAAUAGAUACUUUGUCCUAGCUUCUUUCUGGAAUCAUUUCGGGGAUAUUUUCCACGAGCAUCACAGAAACAGGAAUGGACCGGCAGCUAGUGAACAUUUUGACAGCCUUGUUUGCAUUUUUCUUAGAGACAAACCACUUCAGGAUGGCUUUCUGCAAAGACCAUGACUCCAGGUCUGGAAAACAACCUUCGCAGACUCUAUCUCCUUCAGAUUUCUUGGACAAAUUAAUGGGAAGGACAUCAGGAUAUGAUGCAAGAAUCAGGCCAAAUUUUAAAGGUCCUCCAGUAAACGUUACUUGCAAUAUUUUUAUCAACAGUUUUGGAUCAGUCACAGAAACCACCAUGGACUACCGGGUGAACAUUUUUCUGAGACAACAAUGGAAUGAUUCACGGCUGGCAUAUAGUGAGUACCCUGAUGAUUCCCUGGACUUGGACCCAUCAAUGCUGGACUCCAUUUGGAAACCAGAUUUGUUCUUUGCCAAUGAGAAGGGUGCCAACUUCCACGAUGUCACCACUGACAACAAAUUGCUUCGGAUUUCAAAAAAUGGCAAAGUGCUCUACAGUAUCAGACUCACCUUGACCUUAUCCUGUCCCAUGGACUUGAAGAAUUUUCCAAUGGAUGUCCAGACCUGUACAAUGCAGCUGGAGAGUUUUGGGUACACGAUGAAUGACCUGAUAUUUGAGUGGUUAAGCGAUGGUCCAGUUCAAGUUGCUGAAGGAUUGACCCUGCCCCAGUUUAUUUUGAAAGAAGAGAAAGAACUCGGCUACUGCACAAAGCACUAUAACACUGGAAAGUUUACCUGCAUCGAGGUUAAGUUUCACCUGGAACGUCAGAUGGGAUAUUAUCUGAUCCAGAUGUACAUACCCAGUCUGUUGAUAGUCAUUUUGUCCUGGGUCUCCUUUUGGAUAAACAUGGAUGCAGCCCCUGCCAGGGUUGCACUGGGCAUCACCACGGUCUUAACGAUGACCACCCAGAGUUCAGGUUCCAGGGCAUCUCUUCCAAAGGUCUCCUACGUAAAAGCGAUUGACAUCUGGAUGGCGGUGUGCCUUCUGUUUGUGUUCGCCGCCUUACUGGAAUAUGCAGCAGUGAACUUUGUCUCCAGGCAACACAAGGAGUUCCUACGGCUCCGGAGAAGACAGAAGAGGCAGAAUAAGGAAGAAGAUGUUACUCGUGAAGGUCGUUUUAAUUUCAGCGGUUAUGGGAUGGGUCACUGCCUCCAAGUGAAAGAUGGAACGGCUGUCAAGGCCACACCUGCCAACCCGCUCCCACAACCCCCAAAAGAUGCAGAUGCCAUCAAGAAGAAGUUUGUGGACCGAGCAAAAAGGAUUGACACAAUAUCUCGAGCUGCCUUCCCAUUGGCCUUCCUCAUUUUCAACAUCUUCUACUGGAUCACAUAUAAGAUCAUUCGGCAUGAAGAUGUCCACAAGAAAUAGAUGUGCCCUUCAGAUCCUGGGACCUUCUUGCCUAAGUGUUGUGCUUGUAAAUACACAGUGAAAUUGUCUUUAUAUCACUUUGACAGAGGAGAAGACUGGG